CGGCGCUGCCGAGCCCACAACAAUCCGAACGUGCAGUUCUGCCUGCUAGCGACACUGCGAGGAAGGCAGCGCGCAGCCCACAGCCGAGCGCACCUGGGGACAGCGCCCGGAGCUCUCAGCGCGCCAUGUUUCAGCCAGUGGAGCACGCUCAGGAGUGGGCCAUGGAGGGCCCCCGGGAUGGGCUGAAGAAGGAGCGGCUGCUGGAUGACCGCCACGACAGCGGCCUGGACUCCAUGAAGGACGAGGAGUACGAGCAGAUGGUGAAGGAGCUGCGGGAGAUCCGCCUCGAGCCGCAGGAGGCGCCGCAUGGCACCGAGCCCUGGAAGCAGCAGCUCACUGAGGACGGAGACUCGUUCCUGCACUUGGCCAUCAUCCAUGAAGAGAAGACACUGACCAUGGAAGUGAUUCGCCAGGUGAAGGGAGACCUAGCCUUCCUCAACUUCCAGAACAACCUGCAGCAGACUCCACUCCAUUUGGCUGUGAUCACCAACCAGCCAGAAAUUGCUGAGGCACUUCUGGAAGCUGGCUGUGAUCCUGAGCUCCGAGACUUUCGAGGAAAUACCCCCCUACACCUUGCCUGUGAGCAUGGCUUUCUGGCGAGCAUAGGAGUCCUGACACAGGCCUGCAGCACACAGCACCUCCAGUCCAUCCUGCAGGCCACCAAUUACAAUGGGCACACGUGUCUGCACUUGGCCUCUAUUCAUGGCUACUUGGGCAUCGUGGAGUUUUUGGUGUCUUUGGGUGCUGAUGUCAAUGCUCAGGAGCCCUGUAAUGGCCGGACAGCCCUCCACCUCGCUGUAGACCUGCAGAAUCCUGAUCUGGUGUCCCUAUUGUUGAAGUGUGGGGCAGAUGUCAACAGAGUAACCUACCAAGGGUACUCCCCAUACCAGCUCACCUGGGGCCGCCCGAGCACCCGGAUACAGCAGCAGCUGGGCCAGCUCACCCUGGAAAACCUUCAGAUGCUUCCUGAAAGCGAGGAUGAGGAGAGCUAUGACACAGAAUCAGAGUUCACAGAGGAUGAGCUGCCUUACGAUGACUGUGUGUUUGGAGGCCAGCGCCUGACAUUAUGAGUGGAAAAUAUUGAAAAGAACAUGGACUUGUAUAUUUGUACAAAAGGAGAGUUUUAUUUUUCUAAAAAAAGAAAAAAGGAAAAAAAAAAUUCAAAGGGUGUACUUACCACCCACACUUCACACUGCCUGUCCCCAAACAUUCUGUUGUGGUAGAUCAGCCCUUAUUUUGUUAUUUUUGUGAACUUUUUUAUGGGGAAGCAAGAAAGAUUGGAAUUCAAAGAAAACCUCUUUAAAACUUCACCUUUGUAGGGUUUAUGGAGAAGGUUUUGAUGAAAGAACUACAUUUUAUUUAUUUUGCUGUUGAUUGAAUCACUGUUUAUUUAGUGGCUGACCCCAGUUGUGUCCUGUCACAUGUAAUAACCAGGUGUUUGGUGGUGUGGGGUUAAAAGUCACUACCUAUCAAGGUUUGUAUUACCCUCCUGUAAAUGGUGUACAUAGUGUAUUUUGUUGGUAAUUAUUUUGGUACUUCUAAGAUGUAUAUUUAUUAAAUGGAUUUUUACAAACAGUUA